CUCUCCCACCGCUGCCGUCUCUUGUUUCGCCUCCUUCCGUUUAUCUCCCUCUAGAAGCUCAAUUAUUGGAGUGAGAAGGGACAUCGCCAGUUAUCGAGGGAUCGGAUCAGAUUAGGUUAAAAUAGUCGUGCGGCACGAUAGCAUAACACUCAAUGGAUCCUCGUGGUUUGGCACCAUACUCCUGCCCUGAGGCCAGUACCGUAAAUAGUAAGUAUACAUCAUCGCUCAUUGCUUAUCCUCUAGUGUAAAUUUUAUCAUUGGUGUAUGCGCAUGUUUUUCCUUUCUUUUCUUUUGUGUUUUGGUAUGUGUGUUUUGUUUGUCCUAGAUCGAUGUAAUAAGCUAGGUUCCUCUUGCAACAUCAAUGUGAGGAAAUCAUCUCAAAUUUUGACGGUUGGUUCUCAAAAAAGUGGCCGGUUUUCUGUCAGUACCGAUGAAUUUUGAUAAAAGAGCACAAGGUGAAAGUCAUAUUCCAGGAAGAUCACAAGAACAGAAAGGAAAGAAGAGAAAAAAUGAUUUUGGGAAGCAUGGCAAGGGUUUUAAGAAAAGGAAAGAAGCGGUGAAGCAAGUCUUGAACAGUCUUGAUAAACAAAUUCCACAGUUGAGCAACAAAAUAGGAAACCAAGAAAAACUCGUGGAUAAAAUAUUAUUGCAUCAAAUGACGCUUGGAUCUGAAGUAUUUGAGCUGCUUAAGGAGGAAUCUGCAAUCUUAUGUCCAGAUUCCAAUAAUUGGGAAACUAAAAAACUUUCUGACAUCAUCUUGCCAUUGAAACAUCGCAGCAAGAUGCUUGACAAACGAAUUCAACUUUUGUGUGAGAUGAUGGUGCUGAAAUGAUAAUCUUCAUGUUAUCUUUGGACAUUUAUAUAUGCUUCUAUAGACACUUGUGCAGUUCGAUUCUAAAACUGCAGAGCUUAUGUACUUCAUAUUUAUGGUUUAAUGAAGAGAUGUUCUGUGA